UGCGUUUCUAGUCUUUUUUUUUUUUUUUAAGUACCGACUGGAAUCACGUACUGUCUGUAUGUAGUACAGGAUGUGUGUGUAUGUUUUUAACGUGUAGUACUUUUUAAUGGGAAGUCUGUCAGUACUUCGUCCUCAGUAUUGUAUUGGAACCGUUUUUGUUCGUGUCAGUCUAUUAUACUGUUUAGUUUUUGGAUUCGUUUUUUUUUUUUUAGACAAAUGGUCGGCGCAGUUACUGUUGUUACACUCCUUUAGAAAGCUAGCUACUGGACCUGUUCAUAACAUCAAUGGGCCUGCGGCUAAAACAUAAAUAGAAGAGGAAGGCGUACAAUAAUCGCAAGAAUGUGGCAGAGCAUUGGUCUGACCUUCUUGGUUAUUGUUGCCACCCUAGUAUGUGCCCUGCUGUUCAUGCUGUUUGGGUGGUACGUUGUGUGGCAGCUGUUCCUGUCGAAAUUUAAAUUCCUGCGGGAGCUGGUGGGAGACACCGGGUCCCAGGAGGGAGACAUUGAACCGUCCGAAAUGGAGGCAGAGUGUGAGUCACCUCCAACGCCCCGCCACAGACCCAAAACUGCCCGGCAACGGAAAGCACCAGCUGAAGAGGCCAUGUAGAGUACCCGGCCUGGGCACCAUGCUCAAACCUCUUAAUUAGGCCUCUAAACACAACUGCAUUCUAGGAGUUAGUUUAGUUUCAGACACAAAGCAUAUUUAAGGUAACAUUACCCUCAAUGUGGUACACUGCUGCUGAAAUGUAUGCAGUAUCUACUGUAAACCAGUAUCUACUGUAAACCAGUAUCUACUGUAAACCAUGUUUUUCUCUGGUUUCACAUUUGAGCACAUGCUGCUGCCAGCAAGUGUCCAUGAAACUUUGCUGCUUGGUUCUCAGUGUUUACAAUAUCAUGCAUUUGCUUGCCAAAACCAAAAUGCUGUCUUUCAGUCAGAGCAGCAUUUGGCAACUCCAUUUAGAUGGCAAAAUCAGCUUAUUGUAAUUUGACAGCAGUUCAGUAGAUUAGUAGAUUUUCCAACUCAGAACUGAAUGAUGCUCAUAGAGUCUCGUUAAUGUGCAAUGAAAGGAAUAUCGGAUUGUGUCUAAAUGGGGCAGCUGUAGCCAAACUGUGAAAUGCUCUUCAAUAAGCAACACAAUGCCAUCCUUGGCCUGCUUCUGCCAGUAGGUACCUCAAAGGAAGAAUGUUACAUCAUGACACAACACUACAUGGUAAUGAACAUCAUUAUAUCCUAGUUUGCAUGGCUUAAGAACAGCUGCUUUAUACAAUUAUGCUAUAAAAACAACUGAACAUAACUUUCAGCCGUCUGUGAAGUACAUGUUGUGGUGCACAUUCACGUUAUUUGACUGUUUUUUUGUUGUUGUUUGUUUAUUGUACAGUACCUGAUUGUGGAAUGCUUUUAUUGUUAAUGUAAUUUUAAUUCAUAUUUAACAUCUCCUGACACUGUAAACUGUCAGUUUACAACUUGUAUUUCACUUUUUUUGCAAUAGCUGUUGUCUUCAAUAAAUAUAUUUCUUAAUUUUUA